ACUCACUAUACCCGAGUCAUGUGUGAACUUGAACAUGAAGUCAGGAAAUAAAGCGCAGCCCACGAGCCCGACAGGGAAGUGAGCCGAGCCUACUUUUUUUUUUUUUACCUUGCUGAAACUCGCUGUUCUCCGCCGUGAAGCCACUUGAAGCGUGUUUUUUUUCCCUCCAUCAAAUCAAUGAUCAUUAAUCCAUGAUUGUCCAGCUGCGGGGGAUUAGACUGAAGUGUCCCAUCGAGGCUGGAAAGGUGCAGUAACAUGUUCAACUUCUGAGACAGACGAGGACGAAGAGACAACGGGACCACGGUGUUUUUCAGAUGUUUUGAAAUCUGCGUUUCACGGAAGCCCUGCUUGAUCAUGGCCCAGUGGAUGCACAUGACACAAAUUCUGCAGUGCCUGCCUGAUGAUACAGUGAGCACCCUCUACCCCCCCUCCACCUUCCCCAUUGAAAUCAGACAUUACGAAGCUGAGUGGAUUGAGAACCAGAGAUGGGAAGACUUCACCCCGGAAAAUGUGGAGAAAGAGUGCCAGGCUCAGGCUCUGUUGGACGAGAUCACCAGCCGGCUGCACACAACUGCUCAGCAGAAUGGCAAUGUGGUGGACAGGAUGAAACUGACGCAGAUCUACAGGAACAUGGUUAUGUUUCAGCAGCAGCCUCUACAGUUUGCAGUCAUGGUCAGGGACAUUCUCAGGCAGGAGAGAGCUCUGAUCACUGCGAGCAACGUUCAGCCCUGCCAACCACAACAAAAUAGAGACGUCAACAUGCAGGAAGUUGACCAUCUGGUACUGAAGGUCCUUGAGCUCCAGGAGAUCCGAAAAAAAAUGCACCAGCUGCAAGAAGAGCUCAACUGGGAGAGGCAGAACUAUGAGAGUUUACCAGGGUCAUUCCAACCAAAUGGACUAGAUUCACCCAAGCCAGACAUCCAGAGAGUCCAGACGAACAUCCAAAAUCUGGAGUUCAACUUGCAGGCUUUGUCCACGAAGCGUUUCCAGGUGCUCAGGGAGUGUGUGGACUGUCUGGACAACUGUCAGACCAGAUACAUUAACAGACUGAAGGCGUGGAGGUGGGAGCAGCACAAGGCAAUCAUAGGGCAUCCUUUUGACGACAACCUUAACCCCCUUCAGACCUGGUGUGAACAGCUACUCGGGAUAAAUGGAAAUCUAAGACAGGAGUUGAUGCUAAUAGGAGAACGGAUCUCAGACCUCCAGGAAAGGCUGGGAAAACUUCUGCAGGGUCUGAUUGAAAGUUCCCUUGUUGUGGACAAGCAGCCCCCUCAGGUCAUUAAGACUCAGUCAAAGUUCUCCACAACGGUGAGAUAUCUGCUGGGGGAGAAAGUAGCACCUGGGAAGCCUGUGGUGCUAAAGGCGCAAAUUAUUAACGAACUGCAGGCCAAGAACCUGGGCACUCUAACAAGUGAAAACGUUGGGGAACUGAUAAACAACUCAGCCAUCUUGGAGCACAACACAGCCACCAAGAGCACAUGUGCCACCUUCAGAAACAUGUCCAUCAAGAAAAUAAAGAGAGCAGACAGAAAAGGGUCGGAGUCUGUGACAGAGGAGAAAUUUGCUCUCCUCUUUUCCGCAGAGAUAAGCAUCACAGGGUGUGACACUCCUUACAGGAUACAGAUGAUCUCUCAGCCGGUGGUUGUCAUUGUUCAUGGCAGUCAAGACAACAACGCUUUGGCCACCAUCAUAUGGGACUGUGCAUUUUCUGAACCGGAUCGAGUUCCCUUUGUGGUGCCAGACCGCGUGCCCUGGAGGUUGAUGUGCAACACUCUCAACUGUAAAUUCACCUCUGAGGUCCAGACGCAGCAUAAUCUAGACCAGUACAACCAACUCUUCUUGGCCCAGAAGAUAUUUGACAAACCUGACUUUACGGAGGACUUCAGCAACAUGAUGGUUUCAUGGUCACAGUUUAAUAAGGAGGUUCUUCCCGGUCGAACAUUCACGUUCUGGCAGUGGUUUGAAGGAGUGAUGGAUCUGACUAAAAAACAUCUGAAGACCUACUGGAGUGAAGGGCUGAUAUUUGGGUUCAUUGGAAAGCAACAUCUACACCUGAUUCUUAAAGACCGGCCCAAUGGGACAUUCCUCCUCCGCUUCAGUGACUCUGAGAUUGGAGGCAUCACCAUCGCUUAUGUCACUGCCGCUGGAAAUGGGGGACAAAGAAUCCAGAACAUCCAGCCUUUCACCAAGAGAGACCUUGAGAUUCGUACCCUCGGCGACCGCAUCAGGGAUAUCAACGAGAUAACAUAUCUGUAUCCCAACUUGCACAAACAAGAUGUUUUCAAAAAAUAUUACUCAACGUGUCCACAUGCAUCUGCUGGGGGCUACAUACCUGUGACUCUCACAGCGAAAGUUGGCACAGAAGCUACAAAUCAAGCUGCCAAUAUGACGUCUCUUCCUGACAAUAGUCUUGGUGGCUUCACAAUAGAUGCCACAUGCCGUACUCCUGGCAUGGCCCCUCUUCCCGACAGCCCUGGAAGUGAUUUCUCCAUGUCUCAGAUACAGGGACCGUUCGGCUCAUUGGAGAUUCCCUCUCAAAUGAUGAAUAAUCCAGCUAACUCUCCUGGCUUCCCUGAACACGAUCCUUCAAAUAACACCACGGACAUGGACUUGGACUUUUUUGAAGCUCUCAGUGCUUAGAAAAACUCUCCUACAUGGUGUUUUCGUAGCACAAAGCAGACCUUGAGUAGAGAACGAAGCACAGCUCAUCACAUAUGACUAAUGCUUUGUUUGUCCAGAUGUUUCUCCUUUGCACUUGCAACAUCUACAGUUUAAUCUCCUUUUAAAACUUGGACUUGGUGCAUGGAACUGGUGCUACUUGAAUACAGAAAAUAAAGGCCAAAGUAAAGCUAAAUCCCAACAGAAUCCCUCCACGUCAUUGGGCACUUCUUUCAGAUCUGUCUCACGCGGUGACAGAUUAAUUCAUGUCAACUUCUUUUGUUUACUUAGCUUAUAUCAACGUAAAUAAGAUAAUUACUGUACAGUGACCUGUCAUACCAUAUCUAAGCAUUGUCUUCUGUGCUUAUUGUAUAUUUUUGUUGGGUUUCUUUUUAUUGUAUUUUCCUGUUUUAUAUAAUCUUCUUUAAAGUUUGGUGGGGCCUCAGUUAUAGCAUGUUCUGUAUUUAACCUCAUUAAUACUCAAUAUUCAUGGUAAAUUAGUAAGGUGCAAGCAUCCUUUGGUAUAAUGAGGAUUAAUAACGCAUAAAACAACAAUCUUAUUCAUUGCUGUGAACUUAAUAAUUAUACCGCUCACAUUGCAGCAGAUUGUAGAGUUAAUUAAUGUUUUAAGGAAAUGUAUAUUAACUGUCAACUGAAGACAAACUCAUGUGUGUUUUUCAUCCCAUUACAUGUAUAUUGGGGCUCUAGCAGCUUGAUCUAAAUCGGUAAUAAAACGAAAGUUUUUCUUUUUCAUUUUAAUGCUCUAAUGUACUCACACUCACACAAAUCUUAAAAAAAGAAAAAAGUAUGGGAUUUAAAUGAUAAAACUGGUGCUGAAAUCAGGCAAAUGUACAUUUUUAAACCUUGAUCCUAAAUUGUGACUCAUAAAUAAAUUGAUCCAUGUUGAUUUAACUGUGAAUUUCUUUAUUUUUGUUUUUUAAAUUUUUCAUUUAAACACCUAAACUAAAGUAGGUUUCUAAAGUAAGCUUUGCACCACCUGUCACCACCCUCAAUGUGUGAAUGGAAUAAUAUAGCAUGUUGGACGCUCCAUGCAUGCGUACUUGGAUAAUCUUUCAUGUUUUACAGAUGGAUUUUCGGAUCACAUAGAGGCAACUACAGUACUACAAACCAUGUAAAAUGUUACUUUAGUUACAAAUAAACUUUCAGUUUCUUUCAAAUUG